AUGGGCCUCAAAAAUCCUCUCCGCAAGCAGGAAGCGCAAGGGUCGCCCGCGCUGAGCGGGACUCCACCCUACCCUGGAUCUGAGAAAUCAAACUAUGACGAAGAGUAUGGACAGAACACCAACAUCACAACAGGCUGGACAGGCGAUGGCUUCGCUGGUGCCAACGAAUACCCCCAGCGAGACGGUCUCAGCGACGAGUAUAGGACGCUUGGCCGCUGGCGAGCGUGUGUGAUUCUCAUCACCAUCGAAGUUGGCAUUGGUGUCCUCAGCUUGCCAUCUGCUCUUCGGAUACUCGGACUUAUCCCCGGCAUCAUCGCUAUCCUCGGCUUUGGAAUAAUCACCACAUACUCUGGAUUUGUUAUGUCACAAUUCUAUAGGAGGUACCCUAUGGUUACAAACUUGGUCGAUUGCGCACUCUACAUUGGCGGAAAGCCCUUCGAAUAUUUCCUCGGAGUUGCUUUUGUGUUCAACCUGGUUCUCAUUUGCGCCAGUGCGAAUAUCACCAUGUCGGUUGCCCUAAACACGCUCUCGUCUCACGCCGUCUGCACGGUCGCUUUCAUGGCCAUUCCUCAUAUCGCCUGCUGGCUACUCUGUCUGCCUCGAAAACUCACGUUCGCGGCGGCCAUGAGUUGGAUCUGCACAAUCUCCAUCGUUGCCGCUGUCCUCAUUGUCAUGAUCGCCCUCGGUGUCGCAGGCCCAAAAGCGCCUCCAGGCUUUGACGUCAAGAUUACUCUCGUCGGCAAGCCCACCUUUGUCGAAGCCGUGAAUUCUCUCCUCAACGUUGCCUUCGCCUUCGCCGGCAACCAAUCCUUCAUGUCCGUCAUGGCUGAGAUGCGCAACCCGCAGAAAGAGUUCCCGCCGGCUCUCUACAUGCAGAAGUCCUUCGAAGUUGUCGUAUAUAUCAUCGUGGCAUGCGUUAUUUACGGUUUUGCUGGCGACGCCGUCACUUCCCCAGCUCUCGGCUCCGCGCCCGUCAUUCCAGCCAAGAUCGCCUACGGCAUCCUCAUUCCUUCCGUCCUUGGUACAGGUCUCGUGAUCGGAAUCACCGCAAUUAAGUACAUGUACAUCGCCGUCAUGCGCAAGGUCAAGCCCGAGCAAGUGAACGUUCACAAUGGCUUCACAUGGACGCUUUGGGUUGGUAUCGGUUCUCUGUUUUGGAUUGUGUCGUUCGUCAUCGCGAACGCAAUUCCUAUUUUCUCGUCAAUUCUCAACAUCAGUUCUGCCAUCUUUAUCUCCUGGUUCACCUUUGGACUGACCAGCGUCAUGUGGCUGCAUCUGAACUGGAAAAAUCAGUUCAAUGGGCCAAAGAUGAUUGCACUGGCUUGUCUAAACUACGGCGUUUUGCUGAUGACUGUGUUUUUGAACGUUGGUGGCCUCUACACUUCCCUGAAGGCGCUCAUUGACAUCUUCAAUGAUCCAAACUCAACGCUGAACGGACCAUUCACAUGCGCAGAUAACAGCAUCUUUUAG